AGUGGAAGCAGAGUAGUUAGCUGGAAAACUGAGCUGUACGUGCUCAGUGGACGGUCAGGAUGCCUCCAGAGUCGGGCACUAGUGUGGGAAAGCCAGAACUUGCCUCGGGUGCCCCACAGUUUUUCACCUGGGAGGAGAUAGGACUCCGCACAGGCAACAGAGAAUUCAAGGAGGAGAGAUGGCUGGUAAUCCGAAGGAAGAUCUAUGAUAUCAGCCAAUUCCAUUUGCGACACCCUGGAGGAACCCGUGUCAUCAGCCAUUAUGCAGGACAAGAUGCCACGGAUGCUUUCACCGCUUUCCACAAGGAUGAGGACUUAGUCAAGAAAUACCUGAGCCCCCUACUAAUUGGGGAGCUGGCACCUGAUCAACCCAGCUGUGAACCAACCAAAAAUGCAAUGCUGGUCAAUGAUUUUCAUGAGCUGCGCACCACAGUGAAGAGGAUGGGACUCCUACAACCUCGUUUUCUCUUCUUUGGCUUCAUGUUUCUGCAUGCUUUCCUGCUAGAUACUGCAUCCUGGCUGACUAUCUGGUAUUUUGGAGUAUCUUGGGUGCCCUUCCUUGUUGGUGUGGCACUGUUCACCAUUGCACAGAUCCAGUAUGCAUUUUUACAACAUGAUCUUGGGCAUCUUUCAGUCUUCCAGAAGGCCAAGUGGAACAGACCAUUUCACUUCAUUGUGAUGGGAAUAUGUAAGGGUGGACCACCAAGCCAAUGGAACUAUAUGCAUAACCAGCAUCAUGCCAAACCCAACUGCUUCCGCAAGGACCCUGAUCUCAAUAUGCACCCAUUUUUGUUCAGCCUGGGAAAGGCACUCUCUGUGGAGCUUGGCAAGAAGAAAAAGAAAUACAUGCCUUACCAGCACCAGCACAUAUACUUCGCCCUUUUGGCCCCAUUGACCUUCAUUUUAUACGUCCAGUUUGCUGUAUUGCGUUUUGCAUUUCAAAGGAAAAAAUGGCUGGAGUUUGCGUUCAUGAUGCUUUACUAUGUCCGCGUCUGUCUCAUGUAUGUUCCUUUAAUGGGAUUUAAGACCUUCAUGGCAUACUACUGGUUGGCCAGGUUCCUAGAAAGCUCUUGGUUUCUCUGGAUCUCGCAGAUGAACCACAUUCCAAUGAACAUUAACUAUGACCAGAAUUUAGACUGGGUGUCUGCCCAGCUUGCAGCAACGUGUAAUGUGGAUCAAUCCCUGUUCAAUGACUGGUACACAGGACACCUAAACUUCCAGAUUGAGCACCACCUUUUCCCAACGAUGCCUCGCCACAAUUAUUGGAAGGUCGCUCCUCUGGUGAAAUCCCUCUGUGCCAAGCAUGGCAUUGAGUACCAAUGCAAGCCCCUGCUCACGGCUUUUGCAGAUAUAUUGCAUUCUCUGAAGAAAUCAGGGGAGCACUGGCAAGACGCCUAUCUCCAUGCAUAAGAAGAGGAAGGUCCUCAGGAAUGAAUCUUCUCCUGCCACCAUCUGAUGCUGCUGGGAAAAUGGAAAAAAGCAGCCUUGGAAAGCAUACCUUUGAGUGGGGAUUAGCUAGAUCCUAAUGAAACGGUGAAUGGGUGUUUUUCUCUUUCUUUUGCACAGGCAUGGGUGAGCUGAACCUGGGACAUUUAGCUCUAGAAACUUUGAGAAACUCCAAAGAGACUGGAAAAGGCAAAUCAGUGCAGAGGGUACUUUGCUUUUAGCGUUUUAAUCAGCCUGCAUGGCAACAGAUACACCACUGACACAGCAGCUGAUCAGCCGCAACUCACUCUGGGUGCAUCCAUCCCGAAGCUUUCCUUCUGCAACCAAUCCUUGGGAAGACUUUGCAUGGAUAAUCCUUUCAGAAUGACAUGUUCUAGACAGAUACACUCUCCUGGCACUGAUCCACCAAGUUACAUGACCUCAGGAGCACCACAGUGCCUUGCAAUUCAGUUUGCCCAAGAACAUUUUGGCUUGUGUUGACACAGGGCUAGCACUUAAAUGUCAAGGAUACCAUGUAGAAUGCACUCAGUUUCCAUACCUGAAACAUACUGCCCAAACCAAAUUAAAACACAUUCUUCUUUUGGGGCACAACCUCCUCUCCUUCAGGCAAGUAACAUUACUGAACUAAGGCAGGUUCAUAAAUGACUUCUUGCUGUAUAGUAGCGAAGACCUACUGACUCUUACAGAGAAGCUGUCCCUGAUAUGCAGUGUAAGCCAGGAGCAGAGGACACUUUGUGUUCAUUUGCCGUUUUUAUUUUAAGUGUGGGGUAUCUGAUGGAGAAUUUGCACAGUUGGAAAAUCUGGGAAAUCUGCUUUUUUUAACAAAAGCCCUAUCUACUUGGGGAUGCCAGGGAUUAUUAAAAACCAUAGCCUUUGCCAUUUUCUUGAUAAGAGGUCAAUUGCUUCUUAAGCAUGAAGAAAGGCCUGUGGAGAAGAUCGGGGACAACAUUAGUUUUGGAGAC